GAAAAAAACCCGGGGUAAAACCCUUGGAUUUGAAAAACUCAAACCCAACCCAACUCGGUGGGUAUCCGCGAGUUCAUGGGUACCGAUGGGUUUUUGCCGUAAUGAAUAGUGAAUGGGUUUAAACCCAAACCCGGCCUAAAACGCAUCAACACGAAUUUUACCCACGUUGACCGGAUUGGGUUGGUGGGUACCUUUGGGUUCGAGUUUUGUUGCCAUCCCUAGUUCCGAAUUUGGUCCGGUUUCCUGUUUUCCGGUCGGACGGUAUCCUGGUCUAGAAUCCUUCCUAUAUAUAUAUGGGAAUUUUAGAAAAUUUAUAAAAAAUUGUCCUUAGAGAAAGCCUCUCAAUUUUCGUAGUUUCCUUCCAGUACCUCCGUUGAUCCUUGACACGAUAACACAAUCGAACCCCACCUUGGUGAUUAACGACAAAGGAUUCACCUUUUAGCUUAUUCCUCUUCUGGGCUAGGCUUAAAACUUGUCUCUUUUAGCGGUCCGGCAGCCGGCGGGUGUAAUUCAGGCGGGUGGUGUUUCAGGUGCGAGCUUGGGUGCUUCAACUCAUUUCCGGAACGCCCACCGAGUUCCCGGUCCACAGCUAUGGAGGCGUAUAAGAAUUGGGUGCGGAGGAAUAGAGAGUACGUUAACUCGUUGGAGUCUCUCGCCAAUGGAGUGACGUGGCUUCUACCUGAAAGGUUUUCUCAGUCAGAAAUUGGACCAGAAGCAGUUACUGCGGUUUUGGGUGUCAUUACUGCAAUCAAUGAGCACAUAAUUGAUACGACUCCAAGAAGUCAGACACCUUCCGCAGCUGUGGAGCCUCGCUGUUUUCCUUAUCCAUUAUGUUUAUCCAUGAUAAAGGAAUUGGAGACAUUGGUAGAAGUUGCUGCACAACAGUACUUUGGGGAUGAUAAAAAAUGGAACUUCAUUGCUCUUACUGAAGCAACAAAGGUGAUAGUUAGGUUCGCAUGGUAUAGGCAAAGUGGAUAUAGAAUGCUUUUACAAGGGGGAGAGACACCAAAUAUUGAAAAUUCGCCAAGUCCAUCAAAGCCUGGGAAUCAUCACGAGCCUGACCAUUUUCUGAAUAUGAAUGGAAGAACCCAAUGGAAUACAGAAGGCAAGGCCUUGUCUGCAUUGAGCAGAUUUCAAGAAAAUGCCAGGAUGGUAGCUGACCCAGAGUGGUUACGUUGGGUUCAGCAUCAACAUCCUAUCAUGGAGCCUCCAGCUCCAGUGGUUCAGCGGACAACGCUCUCAAAGUUAUUGAAUGAAAGAGGUGUUUCUGGGGUAUUAUUUGUUCUAGGGGAGGCACUAUUUAUUACAAGACCUCUUAUAUAUGUAUUGUUAAUCAGGAAAUAUGGUGUUCGUUCAUGGGUUCCUUGGUUUCUUUCUCUCGCUGUUGACUUUGUUGGUGUAGGCUGUCUUACACCACUGUCAAUAUUGCGGUUUGGAGGAAGGGAGCAACAGAGUAAUUUUACUGAUGCUGAAGAGCAUGAGCUAAGGAGAAGAAAACUGUUAUGGGCACUUUACUUGAUGAGAGAUCCAUUCUUUAGCACGUAUACAAGGGGAAAACUGGAAAGCACUGAGAAGAUAAUGGAGCCUGUACCUCUUGUCGGGAUUCUGACAGCAAAACUCGUUGAGCUUCUAGUUGGAGCCCAAACUCGAUACACUUACAUGUCCGGUUCAUGAGAUCAUUGAGAUGAGCACAUUCUGGAAGAAGUUGAAUUUGUCGAAGAGGAUAAUUUGUGAGUGAAGUUUCGGAGCUUCUCUAUAUGUAUAUUCAUCAUGGAUUGUUCUGCAAACGAUAGUUUUGAAUUUCAAGACAAUAUUGUUGUGGCUGGUGAGUUAACAAGAGCGGAAGUCUUGUGACCAAACUGAAACUAUGGAUGAAUGCAGAUGCAGCACAAUAGCGACGAAAUGGUUUGAGCUGAAGGGUCUUGCUUCGCUUGGAAGGUUUGAGAGUCCCAUUUGAGUAAUUACCAAAGCCCCCCUGCCUCAUAAGUCAUAACAGAAGUCGGUGGCCAUUGGCGGGACUCGGGAGAUGAUGAGAGAAAGUAAAUUACUGUGUUUGGGAGAAUGAAAGUGAUUUUCAAAUUAUUGAUGAGCAAUCUACAUAUGGAGCUUUUUCCUGAAGUACUUUAACAUGCAGAUAGUCAAUCAAAAUAGCCCAUAUAAUAUUUGUAAAUUGAUAGUCCACUUAAGAUAGAAAAUAAAAUUAUUUUGCUUUAUCAUCAGCAAGAAGUGUGAGGAUUGUUUAUUUAAAUCUUUGACCAUCUUCAAAUACUGUUACCCUCUCACCAU